UGUUAAGCUUGAACCCGGUUGCAAUGGUUUUACAAAAGGGGAACUUUAACGUUGUGCUUUAGAAUAAAAGAACUAUUUAUAUCGCUGCUUCGAUGCAUUAGAUAAAAGGAAGAACAAGCUUCAGGAAAGAAAUUGAACGUAACUUUGGUUUUCCAGGAUAAUCGUCCACGCUAUACCGGACACUGUCCCACCCUUAAAUUUCGAGUUGGAAAACGAUUCGGUGCGUGCACUCAAGAAAUUAUGAAGUUAAUUAAAGUUUCCACGAGCGUAUUGCAUCAUGCAGGAAUUACUUCAAAAGAAAAUUCUCAAGACAGGACCUUACAGACCCAUCUCCGAGAAGAACACAAAUGAAAACACGACGAUUAUUUACGAGAAAGAUACCAGCACAGAUUGGAAAAGAGAAACGCAUUUCUUCAAAGCACCACCGUACAUUUUGGGAUAUACUGGAUACAUUCCUGGGUUUAAUAGUAGUUAUGGUUUAUCGUUUAUGAGAGCCGUGGAAGAAGGUGCCAGAGAAUGGCGCGAAAAUCAAAUUAAAUUAAAAGCUCAUAGAGAUCUUAUGCAACCUAAGGUCGAAAAAAGCACUAUCUCUAGACACUUUUUAUUCCGACCGCGAGCCGAUGAUAUAGAUAUACCAGUCGAUCAUGAUAACGAUUUUAAUCACGAUAAAAAUCGAUUAACCACGUUUCAUUAUGAAGUUUCUCCUGAAAGACCACCGAUUGUAGGCUAUACCGGUCAUAUUCCAGGCUUUAAGGGAGAAGUUGCACUUUCGAAAAGAUAUGCACAGGCUGCGAAGAAGGGAUUGGAAUUAGUUCGAAAAGAACGCGAACAUAGACUCGGUAAAUUAAGAGACACUAAUACGGUACAGAAAGCAUUAAAUGUGUCCCGUUUCAAUGAAAUAGAUCUCGCCGGAGCCUGAUUUUUGGAAUUCAUCAAAUUUUUAAUAACACAACAUUUAAUAUACAUAUAAAUUAACAAUCUUCUUUAACUUAACUAUAUAACUUCCAUCUGAUUAGAGCUAUUUCAUGAAAUAUAAUUUAUCUUUUUAAUCUAUUUUCAUUUUUAAGACGCAGGUAACGGACGAAAAUCCAAAUAAAAUUAUUAAUAAUUUUUAUCUCGA